UACGACGUUGUAUCGGUCUAGUUUGCUUGACCAAAGAAGAAGUUGUCAUAAUUCGUGGCCGGAAGUCAUAGAGCAGACUGGACGUCUAAGGAUGGCCGGGCUAUUGAAAAAGACGACCGGCCUGGUUGGCCUGGCAGUGUCCCACAGUCCACAUGAGCGUCUGAAGCUUCUCUACACUAAGAUCCUGGCAUCACUGCAGACCAUGCCACAGGAUGCUGCCUACAGGAAGUACACGGAGCAGCUGGUCUCUGAGAGGUUCAACCAUGUCCAAACAGAGCCUGAUGUUGAAAAGCUGGAGAAGAAAAUAAACUCUGGUCAGAUUGAAGAAGUCAUUUUCCAGGCGGAGUGUGAGUUGGCUCUCUCCAGGAAGAUGGCUGAGUGGAAACCAUGGGAGCCGCUGAUAGAGGCGCCUCCUCCCAACCAGUGGAAAUGGCCCAUCUGAAUACACCUGUGUCUGCUGCUCAUGUCAUACUGUCUGUGUGUGUGAUCCAUACCUCUGCUUCCAAUGAAGUGAUGUACAAAUAAAAGUUCUGUAAGUA